AUGAUAAUUCUUCCCCUGAAUGAUGAAGAAGAAAAAACUAAGGGGGUGCUGCCAGAAGACAUCCUUGUCGAAAUUGCUACUUUUGAUAAAGGCCCCAAAGUUCUUAACUUUGAGGAAUUAAAGGUGGAAACAGAUAAUUUCAGUGCUCGAAGUAAAAUAAGGGGUUUUGUGCAUCGUGGAGUGUUUAGAUGGGAAAUCUUAGUCAUCAUGAGAAUGGGUAUAGAUGUAUCCAAGGAGGUGAACAUACUGACGAAGAUCAACCACUUCAAUCUGAUUAAGCUUAAUGAACAUCACCGCCAUUUCUACCUUGCCUAUGAGUACAUGGAAAAUGAUUCUCUAAGAGAAUGGCUCCACAAUAAAAGCUCUAGAGAGACGGAAAGCUGGACUUGUAGGAUUCAGAUUGCCCUGGAUGUUGCUAAUGGAAUUAACUAUCUUCAUAACUUCACAAAACCAGCCUACGUGCACAAGGAUAUCAAGAGCAGCAAUGUUCUUCUAGACAGCAAUCUAAGAGCGAAGAUUGGAAACUUUAGUCUCUCUGACAACAAAAAUUGUGGGCACUAG